AUGUCUGAUAUAUCACCAGUCGAUCCUAAUAUUGAUCUAUACGGCUUCCUUGGCAUCAUCCGCUGUCCUGAUGGCACAAUCAGACGUCUUCCAGGACCAGCAACCCCUGCCUCAUCCGAUCCCAGAAACCCUUUACACCUUUCAAAAGACAUAUCUAUAAACCAACACAAUGGCACUUGGGCUCGCAUAUAUGUACCCCGGGAAGCAUUUGACUCCUCUCCGGACACAAAAUUGCCUGUGAUAGUUUACUUUCAUGGUGGAGGAUUCAUUGUAGGCAACGUAUCCACACCUCUGUUUGACGAUUUGCACACUGAACUCGCGAUUGAAAUCCCAGCAGUGAUCAUAUCAGUUGACUACCGCCUUGCUCCAGAGCACCGACUUCCGGCAGCCUACAAUGAUUGCCUGGAAGCAUUGCACACGAUUAAAGAUUCCAACGACGAAUGGUUGGAAAAGUAUGCUGAUCUAUCAAAGUGUUUUCUCAUGGGCACUAGUGCAGGUGGUAAUAUAGCCUACCAUGGAGGAAUACUUGCAGCUGCAUGUGUUGAUGAUCUAAAGCCUUUGGAGAUAAAAGGGUUGAUAUUGCAUCAUCCAUUUUUUGGCGGGACCAGGAGGACUGAUUCAGAAUUGAGGAUGGCCAAUGACAAGGUAAUACCACUUUGUGCAACUGAUUUCAUGUGGGAGCUAAGCUUGCCAAUUGGCGCGGAUAGAGACCACGAGUUCAGCAAUCCGAUGAUGGGAAUCAAUCCGCAGCUAUUUGAACUGAUCAAGGCUCUGGGAUGGAAGAUUUUAGUCAUCGGGUGUGCUGGUGAUCCAUUGAUUGACCGUCAGAUUGAGCUGGUAAAGAAAUUAGAAGAAAAUGGUGCAUCAGUGAAAGGUAAAUUUGAUGAGGGAGGAUAUCAUGGCUAUGGUUAUGUUAAUCCCACGGCCAAAGCAAUAACUAUGGUUGUAAAAGAGUUUGUACUAUCUUCCAUCACUUGUUGA